CCUGUGCCAUCCUCCAGGCAGUCACCCGAGCACUCCGACCCCCCAGCGACCCUCACCUCACACUGUAGUUCCUUCACUUCCCUCCACUAAUAAACUAUUUCUUAUAUUACUUAAGUAGCUUAGUAGUAGUUACUUAUUUACUUAAUACUACUUCUACUACCAUCACCACAACAACAACAACCACCACCGUCAUACUACAACUACCAAUCACCACCACCAAUCACCACCACCAAUCACCACCACCAAUCACCACCACCAAUCACCACCAGCAUGAACACCUCUAUCGUCUUGGUAGCAGCGGCCGUCACCCUCUUACUCCUGACGGGGAUGACGGAGGCGAGAAUGGGGUGGGUCUUUACUUCAGGUUACGAGACCAUUACGGGACAGGUGGUACAGUCGUUUACCUGCGAGGGACGCCCCUACGGAUAUUACGCCGACGUGGACAACGCCUGCAGGGUCUUCCACAUUUGUCUUCCCAUUCCUGACGAUUUGGGCCAGAUCAUCGAGACAGCCCACUUCUCGUUCAUCUGCGGUAACCAGACCAUCUUCGACCAGGAGACUCUCACGUGCAACCACCCAGCCUACGCCUUCCCCUGCGACCAAGCUGAGUCCCUCUAUGACUCCCGGAACGCCCUCUUUGGCCGCAUCGACGAGGAGUUCUAAAGUCCUUUCUGAGUCCUAAUGGGAAAUCCUAGGACCUCCUGAGUAUUCCUAGCACCUCCUGAGUAUUCCUAGGAUCUCCUGAGUAUUCCUGACGCUUCCUGGGGGGGGGGGUGUUCCUGAGGGUUCCUGAACAUUCCUGGGGCUUCCUAGGACCUGUUGUACAUUCCUAGAAGUUCAAGGUCCUUUUCCAAGUCCCAGGUCCUCCUCCAAGUCCCAGGUCCUCCUUCAAGUCCCAGGUCCUCCUUCAAACACCCAGGUCCUCCUCCAAACACCCAGGUUGACCCUAGAAUUCCAGCCAACAAUGGAAUGCCCUUCAAGUUCUACCUUAAACCGAAAAAGUCUCCUCAAGUUCUAGCAACGUCGAAGAAUAGUUCUAGAACCUCCUACUCCCCUUCCAACAAGUUCUACUCCCUCACUCCAGCAAAUUCACCUCCCACACUCCAACCACUCCACCUUUCCCACCUCCAACAAGUUCUAACGCACGAUGGAACUUCCUACGAACUCUCCAAUUACUUUACACAUAUAUUUUUUAAAACUUUUUGUACAUAUAAGAUAAAAAAAAACCGACGAAUUACACCCCCCCCCUCUACCCCC